UAAAAAGCUCAGUAAUUCAUGUAAAAAACUCACUGGGAAAUCUGUCAUUUUGUUGCUUUUUCUGUUUGUGAACAAACAUCCUAACCAGAGCCAUGCUCCGCCUGUUUGUCCUAUUAGCCUGUGCGCUGCUGGCUGCCUGCGCAGAAGUCAACUACAUGGACCUCUGUAUGGAUGGAAAGCACCAGAAAACGGAUCCAGGGCCUGAGGACAGUCUGCACGGUCAGUGCAAACCCUGGAAGGACAAAUCCUGCUGCACAGCGGAGACCAGCCUGGGGGCCCACACUGACAAGUCUACUCUGUACAAUUUCAACUGGGACCACUGUGGCAUCAUGACUCCCGAGUGCAAGAAGCAUUUCAUCCAGGACACCUGCUUUAUCGAGUGCUCCCCUAACCUAGGACCCUGGAUACAGAAGGUGGAGAGCUCCUGGCGGAAUGAGCGUAUUCAGUUUGCGCCCAUUUGCAAAGAGGACUGUGAGACCUGGUAUGAAGACUGCAAACAGGACUACACGUGUAUGGAGAACUGGCAUAAGGGCUGGAACUGGACCACUGGAACAAACCAGUGCCCCAAUGGAAAGACUUGCAGGAAGGUCACUGAGGUUUUCCCAACGUCCAAAGAUUUUUGUGAGAAAUUAUGGAGCAAUUCCUACAAGUACACAACUCUGACCCAGAGCAGCGGGCAGUGCCUGCAGAUGUGGUUUAAUGCCACCAAUGGAAACCCAAAUGUCAAAGUAGCAAAACACUACGCGGACAUCCUGAACUCCGGUGAAAGUGUCCGCCUCGGCCUGCUGCUUGUCCUGGCAUCUCUCUGCCUGCAGUGGGCGCUAUAAACUUGCCUUCACUCCCAGACAAGCUGCACAGCCCUCGCUUGGCUCCUGCGUUAGACAAACACAUAUAACACAGCAGCGCUGUCUGCUAGCCCAGAAUAAAACUGCAGAAGCUAUUGCCCCUGGAGGACCCAUGACCCCUGUACUCUGGCUUCUUGCUGGCAUCCUAAAGUAAAGGCCGAUAUUGUUAUUCCUAUGUCUGUUUUCAAGCUCCAUCUUCUGUUGUGAGGUACAUAGAGCUCCUCUGAAACCUCAGUAUCACAAGUCUACAGAGGAGGACAGAAUCACAAAGUGCCCUGAAUCUGGGUCAUAAUGAGUCUGAGACACAGGAGAGGGGCUGACUGGGGAAAUACACCUGUUUAUUACAUACUCUUGUUCUUCUGCACAGGAAUCUUACGGGGAUAUAAAGGAGGAUUUGGUCACUAAUGGGUCUUGCCCAAUGGGGUGAAAAUGAGCCCUGAUUGAUGGACAAGGAAGUGUUUUAAGAGACAUCACUCUAGUGACUUGUUCAUGAAAAGGAUGCUGGGACUUUGGGUAUUUACAGGAUUAGGUGCAGGGCACAUUCUCUCUACUACUUUUUUAGCUUUGCUUAAUUUUAUUUAACAAAAAUGUUUGAGUAGGAACCACCUCCUACAGCUCUCACACUCACUGUGCUAAUGUGCCCACAGGCACCAACCUCAUACUACACUAACCACCUCCUACAGCUCUGUCACACUCACUGUGCUAAUGUGUCCACAGGCACCAACGUCAUUCUACACCAACCACCUCCUACAGCUCUGUCACACUCACUGUGCUAAUGUGCCCACAGGCACCAACAUCAUUCUACACUAACCACCUCCUACAGCUCUCACACUCACUGUGCUAAUGUGCCCACAGGCACCAACGUCAUUCUACACCAACCACCUCCUACAGCUCUGUCACACUCACUGUGCUCAUGUGCCCACAGGCACCAACAUCAUUCUACACUAACCACCACCUACAGCUCUCACACUCACUGUGCUAAUGUGCCCACAGGCACCAACAUCAUACUUCACUAAUCACCUCCUACAGCUAUGUCACACUCACUGUGCUAAUGUGUCCACAGGCACCAACGUCAUUCUACACCAACCACCUCCUACAGCUCUGUCACGCUCACUGUGCUAAUGUGCCCACAGGCACCAACAUCAUACUUCACUAAUCACCUCCUACAGCUAUGUCACACUCACUGUGCUAAUGUGCCCACAGGCACCAACAUCAUUCUACACUAACCACCUCCUACAGCUCUGUCACGCUCACUGUGCUAAUGUGCCCACAGGCACCAACAUCAUUCUACACUAACCACCUCCUACAGCUCUGUCACACUCACUGUGAUAAUGUGCCCACAGGCACCAACAUCAUUCUAUACUAACCACCUCCUACAGCUCUGUCAAACUCAGUGUUAAUGUACCAACGUCAUUCUAAGUGCACACUCCUAAACUUGUCAAGGAUUACUCUUUAACAAAGGAUGUCAAGAGAACUAAAAAAUGAUAAUCGGUAAAUUGGAAACUUUUUUUAGAAAUUGUGUUUUCUGUGUUAGAUUUAACAUCUUUGUUUUUCUUGUAAUUUCAAAUUUUAAAUAUUUUGUUAUAUAAAUACCUCCAGUUUUCUGUGAAGUGUUCUAAAUAUACAUUUUACUGUUGCAGCAAAUGGUGUCCAGAGCUCUAUCCUUAAUAUUAAAACCUUGUUUUUUUGCAUCUGUAUAGUGGGGCAAUGGGGAGGGAAUCUGCUGACUCGGUCACUAGAAAGAUUUGCAGUGAAGGAUUCUGUGUAAGGUUUUUUUUUUUUAGACUUCUGAACCCUCCUUGUCUCAUGACUCACCAGCUGUCCAAUAAAAG